AUGGCCUACGAACCCGUCUUUGGCGCCCUCACUAUUCACGCCAAGGGCGGCAAAGCCCCCGUCGGCUCGUGGAGCAACGCCUCGCGCUACUCGUGCUCCCUCGACCCGCGCAUCAACGGCAAUGUCGGGACCAAGAUUGACGUCCUCGCUGACCUGCCGCCGGACAGGUACGAGCUGUUCUUGCUGGAGGAUGGGGAGAAGAAGGUCGAGUUUGAGCCGGAGACGCGCGUCCCCCACGCCGCCAUGUUCACCUUCAACAAAGAAGACCACACCCUCGGCAACCUGCUGCGCGCCAAACUCGUCAAGUCCGAGCACGUCGUCUUCGCCGGCUACCAGGUCCCGCACCCGCUGUUCGCCGUCUUCAAGCUGCGCGUGCAGACGGAUGGGGAGGUCAGUCCGAAGGAGGCGGUGGUGCAGGCGUGUCAGGAGUUGGUGAAGGAGCUGCAGAUUCUGGAUCAGGAGUUCACCAAGGAGUGGGAGUUGAAGAAGAUUGCGGGCGGUGGUGGGGAUUUGUGA